AUGAGUACUGCUGCCCUUAUUGAUCCGAAAACUGGGCCAUUCUUUUUGAACUGCAGUUAUUGCAUGUGGAACACCCUUGACAUCGGGAUCAAGUUUGAAAAAGGAACCGGCAUUCGCAAUCAGCUCUCUGAGCUUGCCAUUGCCAGAGGCGAGUUGCCCAAGCAAAUCCAAGCCCAUCGACCUAGUGAGGAGUUGCUUCGAAAAUCAUCACUAUCACAGCAAGUCGUAACAGCAUCCGACCAGCCAGACGCCGCACAGCCAAGUCAAGAAGGCCCUGUGCAGCCCCUACCAGAUGCGGCAAUACGGUUUCAUGCUUUGAAGCAAUUCUACAAAGAUCAAAUUGCCGAGUCAUCUUCCAUGGAACCCGGAUUCUCGACCUCAGCCCUUGACAUGGCGUUUUCCUCGCCAUCAUCGGUUCAGAGAAUUAUGAAUCUUUACAUGAACAAGGAGAAUUCUAUCAAGAAGGCUCAACAGAAAUUAACUGUUAUGCGAGAAGCGCAAACAUCCAGCGAAGGUCUUGCACUAUCACAGCCACAUGCCACUUCCGCUGUCCUCCCCGACUAUAACGAAACCACGACGCAGUUACAACGUGACUACCAGAACCCAUCUUUCAUUGGCCGUCCUGAUGCCCUGACAGUGACGGACCUGCGACCAAUGCCGACAAUAAUGCGUUCUAAGCGCUCGAAACGGUGCGCAACAUGCAAGCAUAUCCUCACUCGACCAGAAGUCAAAGUCAGCUCCGCUCGAUAUCGUAUCAAACUUAUCGCAUUAGCUUAUAUCCCUUUUGUGACAAUCAAGCCUCUGCCAGUCUCUGGUGGCCUGCCUCCUCCUGGACCCGAUGGCAGCGACAUAGUACUGUCUGCAGGCAAACCCAUACAAUUUAUCAUGACACUCCGAAACCCACUUUUUGAAAAUGUCAAUGUCAGUCUCGGCAGCCCAAGCGUAACACCUGGGAAGCACGGCCAUCGAGUUACUAUUCUAUGCCCGCAGUUCCAGAUCGGCAAGAAUAGCGAUGCUUGGGAUGAUGCCCUCAAUAAUCCUCCCAACCGCGGCAUGGUCAAUCCCGUUGGUGGUGAGCAAAUUGCUGGCAAACUCUACGAUCAAGGGCGAAAUUGGGCCAGCGUGGUGCUAGAGAUCAUACCUGCAAGCAUUGUGCGGAUGCAAGAUGAACAACUAGACGAGGAUGAAGAUGUCAUCGAGAUCCCAAUCCGUGUGAGGCUCGAGUGGCAGAUCACGGACGAGGAGACAGGGAUCGAAAGGAGACGAAGGGACAAGCGACUUGAUGAAGAAGAUGCAGAUGAUGGCAAGAGAGAACUAAGUUACUGGAUGGUCGUGGGAAUUGGAAGGGUCUCUUGUUGA